AAUGCUAGAGACGCAAUCAGGCCCUCAAGAUCUGAAAAUGAGUAGAAGAAGGACCCUGGAAUUUCAUGGAAAGCGUCUUUUCCAUGCAGGUAUUUCAUCUUGCCCCAGAAUCUCAAACGUCCCACGACCCCAAUCUUUCACGGAGGUCACGUGGUACGUUUGGCCCCUCCUCAUUUGCAUGAUCACCAAUCGGAAUAUGCCAACGAGGCGAGCUGCGUGCUUUCUCAUCUGCCGGCCUCUACUACUCCGGUUUUGCUCUCAGAUCCCUCUCACUCGUCUUCCUGCUGCUGUUGCCUCGUGCCCACUUUGAUUAACUUUUUAUCCUUGGUUCCUACUUUUUGGGCCAAAGUUUAGAAUAAAGCAGUUUCGAACGUUUUUUCAAUUCCAAAGUCUCGAUUUCUACGUCAAAUUUACCAAGUUAACGAAAGGUAGAAGAGUCAGAAAUAAGAAAAGUUUUGCCUUCUAAAAAUUGAGUUAGAUCGAAGUAAAAAAAGGAACGAUGGAUUCGAAUACUACUGAAAAACUUGAGUUGGCGGUCGACGACAAGGACGUCCCUUCAGGAAUCGUCAUGGUCGAUGUGAUGGCGACGGGGAGAGACCGGAAGAAGGUCCCAGCACCGCCGGUAUCGUCCUCCAGCAGCAACGAUGACGACGGCAAGGAAGAAGAAGAAGAGCCCGCUGACCCAAAUAUUUAUAUGGUGGAGGCGAUACAGGGUCAGAGGAUGGUCCGUGGCAAAUUGGAAUACUUAGUAAAAUGGGAGAAUUACCCAAAGGAGGACAACACUUGGGAGCCGGCUACCGGUCUGUUUUGCUACGAUCUUAUAGAAGAGUUCCAGAAAACACGUAAACAAAGAAGGGUCAAGCCUGAAGGGAAACGUCGGAAAUCCGAAAAGGUGCAGGUAUCCGGCAAGACUGGAAGAGAGCAUGACUGGAGCCGAUUCGAAGAAAGAUCGGAAAGAAGGAGGAACUCAGAAAGAAGAAGAUAAGCGCGCUGACGAACCAGCCAAGGCGAGUGACAAGAAACCUACCGGAUCAACUGAGAAGACGGAGAAGAAAGCGUCCCAAGUUAUCGAGAAGAAUGACAAGAAAGUUUCCGAACCAGUCGGGAAGACAGAAAAGAAGGGUUCUGAACUUUCUCAAAAGAAAGAGGAAGCCCGUCCCGCUAGGCAAGAUGAGCCUCUUCCUGGUCCCUCCCAUCGUCUCGACCGAGACCCCCGCCGAGGUUCCUCCUCUCCCAAGAAGAAGGUAAUCAAGAUAACGAAGCCGGGUCGGAGCGGGCUGGUAAAAGGUUGGAGGGUGCAGGAUAUCGUCGCAGUUUGCAAGGAGGAGGGUGCGGAUGACGAUGCUGAUUUCCGCUUCGUCGUGAAAUACAAAGAACGCGACGAUAUGGAGGCGAUUCCUCGUCAGGAAUGCAACGAAAGGAUACCGCACAAGGUCAUAAAAUUUUACGAGAUGAAUGUGAUAUGGGCUCAGAUCUUGGAGGACUUAUAAACAUUAAAACUACCAUUGUUAAAUAACAAUGGUAGUUAAUAAUAAACAAUAAUAACAAUAACAAUAAUAUCAAUAUUGAUAUUAUUGUUUUUUAUACUUAUUAUGAUUGCGACUCCAAUUAGGCAAUUUGACUUUGUUAGAGUAGUAAGAGUAGAACAUUGUAGUUGUAUCUAGUUAGUGAAACAAAUAUAGUUUUAAAGGCAGAAAGCUUCCGGUCUCUGUUUAACGGGGAAGUCAUUUUUAAAAAUAGUUAAUAAUUCGUAUUUUGUUAUCGCAAUUGUUUUAAAUUUUAAAGUUUUUUUAAAUUGAAUUGUUUAUUUGAAUAAAUGAAUGCGAGAUUGUUUGUUACAAUGAAAA